UCAAAUUGUAGGACCAUGGAUGACAACUUGUUGAGAAAAGAAUUUCUUCAGUCAUGGGAAACAGGGAAGAGAGAAAACCACAUAGGAUACCAGAAAAUUGAUUAUUUCUGUACUGAUUUCAGUGUGUACUUCCAGAGCUGCAUGAAGUUGAAAGUGUGCUCAGUGAACACCGUAGUGAAAAUACACUCUCUCUUCUUCAGUAGGGGGAAAAGGCAAGCAGAAGUUCAAGAAGAAAGUGAUGAUGAAGAAGAAGAAGAAGAUGAUGAAGUCUUUGGCUUCAUAAGCCUCUUAAACUUAACUGAAAGGAAGGGUACUCAAUGUGCUGAACAAAUAAAAGAGCUGAUUCUAAGCCUGUGUGAGAAGAACUGUGACCAGAGUAUGGUUGAACACCUGGAUAAGCUCCUAAAUGACACCACCAAGCCUGUGGGCUUCCUACUAAAUGAAAGAUUCAUUAACGUACCACCGCAGAUCGCUCUGCCCAUGCACCAGCAGCUGCAGAAAGAACUGGCUGAAACUCAAAGAACAAAUAAGCCAUGUGGAAAGUGCUACUACUACCUUCUCAUCAGCAAGACCUUUACAGAGACAGCAAAGCGCAGCUCUAAGAAGAGAGGCGAGAGCACACAGCAGAAAGAGGAAUUAAUGUUUGCAAAUGCAGAGGAAGAAUUCUUUUAUGAGAAAGCCCUGCUGAAGUUCAGCUAUUCUGUGCAAGAGGAGAGUGACACGUGUUUAGGAGGCAGAUGGUCCUUUGACGAUGUACCAAUGAAACCUUUGCGAACUGUUAUGUUGAUUCCAUCUGAUAGGAUGAAUGCAAUCAUGGAUAAACUGAAAGAAUAUCUCUCCGUCUAGACAGUUUCCAUGGAUAAUGUUUUUAUAAAGCAGCCAUGCAAAACGAUAUGCCUUUUGAAUAGCUUCCCAAAAGUUUUAUAAUGUCAUCAGUUUUGUGUUCCUCAGGAAUCACCUUUGUAUACUAGUGAAACGUGUAGGUUGUACAACUAACAAUGUCAAUCAUACUGUUACUAUAAAAUACUAUAUCCUAGUAGACUUUGGAGUCACCAUUAAGAAUGCAAUAAAAAAAAACCCUACAUCCCUAAGACUUCUAAAGAAGUUAAUUUUUCUUCUCUUUCCUAUUAAAUACCUGUGUAUUUCAAGUUGAAAAAACGUUGAAUGGAUUAAUUUUGGGACAUAUUGCACAUACUGGUUCUGUUUGGUUGAAAGUAGUUGGAUAUAAAAGUCAUUGAACAAUUCAUCUUUGUUCAGCAGGAGUUUGGGGAUAUUUUUCGUAUUCUUUGUCUUGCUGUUUUAUUUAGCGUUCCUCUUUCAUUGUUGAAACAGGUGAUAAAUGAUUACUUCCUGCAGAAUCUCCUUGCUUUCACUAGGAGGCAGAUUGCUAACAUAUUAUUGAGGUGCCAGUUCCACAAAUCUGGUGAGAAAUGGAAUAAAAUAUAUUUUUUAAAA